CUUAUCACACACACAUGUAUAUAUUCACUCGCAAGCCGCCAUUUUCACUAUACUGUCAACUCCUUAACAACACCUGAGUAUACUUACACUUAAACCCUACUUUUCAUCUCUCCCUCAACCUCAAAAUACUCUAAACCCUAUUUCCAUUUUUUAGAUAUGGAUGCAUCUCCCAAGUACACGGGUGUACGGAAGAGGAAGUGGGGGAAAUGGGUGGCUGAGAUUCGUCUCCCCAACAGUCGUGAGAGGAUCUGGCUCGGCUCUUUCGACUCAGCCGAGAAGGCGGCGCGUGCUUUCGACGCGGCUCUUUACUGUCUCCGUGGCCCUGGAGCACGUUUCAACUUCCCCGAGAAUCCGCCGGAGAUUCCCGGAGGUCGUUCUCUGACGCCGCAGCAGAUUCAGGCCGUGGCGAACCGUUUCGCCAGCGAGGAGGAGAUACUACCACCGCAGCAGCAGCAGCAGCAACAGCGCCAUCUCCCGUCGCCGCCACGUGGCGAUCGUGAGACGGAGGAGGAGGAGGAAAAGAUAAUUUCGGCACGUGGGGAAAUGAGUGGUGGUAGUGGUGGGGCUGUGUUAGGGCAAGUUGGGGAAGAUAAUAAAGACAACAACAACGAGGGUAAUAGUAGUAAUGACACGACGUCGUAUUGGCCUUUUAUAUGGGAGGACGAGAAUUUUGUAGGUCCUCAAAACUCGGAGGAGUUGGGUUUUUUCACGGAUGAUGAUUCGACCAAUUUGUAUUUUCCAACACAACAGCUCUCGUCUGAUUUUUACUACGACGGAGCUUGUGAAGAUGAUGAUUUCUCUCAUUACAGUAUUAACCUUUGGAAUUUCUGAGAUCCAUUUUUUUUCGUGAUCUUGGACGACCAAAUAUUCCUAUUUAUACUGAUUGAUUUAUAAUUCAAUUUGUGGAUUUUCAAGAUUUCAAAAAAUGAUCUUGAAACAUUGUUUGAAGCUAUCG